UCUACGGUUCAGUGAACGGCAGAACUGAUCAACAGCAUUACUUCACAUCACAACUCAUGAGCAGCAAGAUUUGACGAUAUACAGUCCUGGAUGUACUUUAAGUAUCCAUUUUCUUUUGUUAUUUUUUGUUUUUUUCUUCUGACAUCUCAAAACUUUAAAUCUCAAGUUUUGUCUUGAAUAUAUCAUUGUGAAUUAGGAUAAAACCAUGUGCUUUACUAUAGAGUGCGGCACUGUGGCAUUAUGGCAGAGCAAAUGUUGCUGUACUUUUACUUCCAAGAGAUGAAGAUACAUUCGUUUGGAUAGAAACUAUAUUGAAGGAAAGCGGGAAGUCAUCAGAAACAACAAACAAACAAACAUGGAGACAUUUACAAUUCAAGAUAUGCUCAUCAAUUCCACUGAUAUUUAUAAAAUACUAUGUGGAUUGGGAAUCGGGAAUUUGUCGGAGUGCAAAAAUGACAGUGACAGCACGCUCGAACCAAAAGAUAUGAACCAGACUGUUCGGAUCGUGCUGUAUGUGUUCAUCUUCCUCCUGAGCUUCAUAGGGAACAGCCUCAUCAUCACCGUCCUGGUGCGGAACCGGCGGAUGCGGACGGUCACGAAUCUGUUCCUGCUGUCUCUGGCCGUCAGUGAUCUGAUGUUGUGUGUGUUCUGCAUGCCCUUCACACUCAUCCCCAACCUCAUGAAGGACUUCAUCUUCGGCAGCGGCAUGUGUAAAGUGGCCACGUACUUCAUGGGUAUUUCGGUGAGUGUAUCCACAUUUAACCUUGUGGCCAUCUCUCUGGAGCGGUACAGUGCUAUCUGCAACCCCUUUAAGUCCCGUACCUGGCAGACGAAGUCCCAUGCUGCAAAAGUCAUCACAGCCACUUGGGUCGUGUCUUUUUUGCUCAUGCUGCCUUAUCCGAUAGGCAGCACCCUGGUGCCUUUCAUGCGCAGUAACAAUAGCACAGGCAACAUGUGCCGCUUGGUUUGGUCCAGUGAAGUCAUGCAGACCUGGUAUGUUUUCCUGUUGCUGAUACUCUUUCUCGUGCCUGGGAUCAUAAUGAUGACAGCUUAUGGCCUCACCUCACUCGAACUCUUCAGGGGAAUCAAAUUUGAAAUGGCUAAUAGGAAGUCAAACAGAGAGAAAGAAUACGGCACGUCCAGUCUGAAAAAUGGCGAUAGCGAUGGCUGCUACUUCCAGCCGUCCAAGAGGAAGCGCGCCGAACCCGUGCCGCUCAGCAACCCAAAAUCCAAACUGAGAAGGGUUUGCAGCAACAGCCCUACAGCAAACCUCAUGGCCAAGAAACGGGUCAUACGCAUGCUGCUGGUGAUCGUGGGGCUGUUCUUCCUCUGCUGGACACCGAUCUUCGUUGUUAAUGCCUGGCGAGCCUUCGACAGACGUUCGACCGAUCGUCUCCUCUCAGGAGCACCAAUAUCCUUCAUCCACUUGCUGUCCUACACAUCUGCCUGCGUCAAUCCCAUAGUCUACUGUUUUAUGAACAAACGCUUCAGACAGGGCAUUCUGUCGACAUUCAACUGCUGUAGGGAUGAUUUUGAUGAAGUGAGCAGGAGCAGCUUCCGACGUAGCACCAGAAGAGCUGGAGGGCUGGGAACGCUGUUUGGAGGAACCGGACAGGCUGACGGUAACACGCAAACCUCAGGAACGCUUACUAGGCUGACUGAGACCAGUAUCCGUGGCUCAGCACAAGCAUAAUUGACACUCAUCAAACCUAGAAAAUUUCAGCCUAAGAACCCAUUUUGGUAUAACAAGAAGUAUAUCUAGAGGAAAGUCUGAAAAAUAUGAUAUCAUUAUCAAAAUCGUUCAGAGCUUGGCAGGGCCGCGCACAGACGUUUUGGGGGGGCAGGUGCUCAAGUUAAAAAAGGCACCCCUCUUAUAAUUAUUUAUAAAAAGUAAAGUUACAUAUUGCUGAUCAUCUUUUAUUAAUUACAUUAUUUAAAACUACACACUAUAGGGCUGUUAUACCAAUUAAAUGAAAUCAGUAUUAAUCCAUCUUACCAUUAAUCAAAAUCCAUUUACACUUACAAUUUUCUAAAUUGUAUUAUGAGAUUAUUGUACUAAAUAUAACAUUUUGAAAAUAGAAAUAUGACAAGUUGGAAAAUGUAUGAAAAAUGAAAUACUAUUAUAUAUUAAACUAAAACUGACAGUAGGUGGUGGCAAGUCGUAAUAAGUGAAUGAUAGAAUCGUUUAUUCAACCGAUUUGUUCAAACCAGCUGAUUCAUUCAUGAAAGAAGCAAGUCUCUAUUGACUUUAUGAAUGGGUCAUUGAAUCAUUGACUUCCCUGAUUUGUUUAAUCAUUCAAGAACGAAACACUGCUGUGUGUUGCUGGGAGACGCAACUACUCUGCUUUGUUUGGAACUAUUUUUGUUGGCCCAAUAGAGCAAAAACUCAACUCAAACUCAGAAAUCAAAAUUACAACGUUGUGUCUAAAAAUAAAUGUAAUGUUUAUCGAACGGUUUGUAAAAUUAAUAUUACAUUUUGCAAAUUGCGCUUAUAUUUGGGAAAAUAGCACUCCUGCUCGUGUGAUAUUGCUUAACUAUAGUAUGCUAUAAACAGAAUACAAGAACUCGUAAGGGCAAUUCAUAUUUUGAAUUUUAGCGGCAUUUUUAUUCAUAGCAUUUUCGACCUUACACAACUUUAUUUUACGUCAACAGCAGACUAGUUUGUUCAUUGUUAAGCUUAAUGCAGGGCUAUUGCCUAAGUUAGACUGGCUGUAUUGAGAUGUUUUAAUAUUGAUUAAUAAACAGUGUCGAAGUUUAGAGCAAACACGACAGUUACCUGGCUGUCACCAAUGAAGGCACGUCUGUGAGAUGUGGAUGCUGCUCGCUUGGUGGCUGUGACAAAGGAUGUUGGAGAGUGGGAGUCGCAUUAUUAUUAAGAAUAAGUUGUCGGCACAUGCUGAGAAUUGAUUGAGAAUGGAUGCCAUGGUGCAAAUUUAAACACAAACUAAAAUAUAAAAUAAAAAAAUGUCUUGCAAAAAGGGUACUUAUCUAGUCCGAGUUCAAAAGGGCAGGUGCUUGAGCACCACUUGGGGUCUAUCUGUGCACGUGCCUGGAGUUUGGCGAUGUUUAGUAAAAUGGCUGCUAACUGAAAAGAGACUGAUUGUACUGUUGAUAAAUGAGAGCACAAGCACAUAGACAGUGGCUGCCAAUAGCAUCGAAAUGCUGACAGAAUCUAGUGCUUAAUUUAAGUAUGUCACUGUUAAACAAACAGAAGCAUCAAAUGGAGCAAGACUUUGUCUUCAUUUCGGCUCUGACUUAUAAAUGUUGAGAUUUUUAUAAAACACAAGACUUUAUAAAUAAGUUUGUCCAUUUGGCUCUCUAAUUUUCUGGCUCACCUAGAAGACAAAGAGGAAUUCCUUUGCUUUUCUUGGUAUUUUACUUAAUUUUUGUGCGUGCGUGUUAUGGUCAAAGCAAUCUUCCAGAUGUUUUUAGAAUAUUCUAAUAGUUCUUUUAAAUACACUACCAUUCAAAAGUUUGUGGAGUUGGGAAGAUUUUUUAAAAAGUUAUUUAAAGAAGUUUCAUAUGCUCACUAAGGCUGCUUUUUUUGUUUGUUUGUUUCUGCAU